AUCGCAAGAAGAAGAACUUGAACCGGUUUCAUGGCUCCAGGAUGGAGGGGUUCCUCUCCACUUUCCCACCGUACGCCGUCUACGGUAACCCGGCCAGCGGCCCCCCGGCUCAGGGCAGCGGCUGGGCCAAGCGAGAGGGCCGCUUCGUGACCCCGCAGGGCCUCAACUACCUGGAGCUCUGCAAGGCCAUCCUGUCCCAGGUCAACCCCGGCUUACCGCCUCCCCUCAAGAAAGCCGACACCAAAGAGUGCGGCGUGCAGGUGAACGCCAAGGUGGAUAAAAUCGUGCAGUGCUCGCUGGGUCCCAAAACGCUGUUCUGCCACGAACAUCCUCCCUCCCCAAACUCCCCCAGGAGUCCGGAUCUGUCCAAACCGGACGGGAAUCCGCAGCUCAGCACGCCUCCCCCUUCGGUCUGCAAGCUGCGCUUCCUGAGACCCGUCUCCAUCUACUCGCCGGUUUUCGACCGCAGGAUUUUCAUGAAGAAGCUCAGCGAUGACUGUGGAAGCGAAGGAGAGGCCGAGGCCCCUGAGAAAGCGGAGUCUGACGCUGGCGAGGACGCGGUGAAGUCUUUCCACCAGUCUUCCAAGGGCUCCAUGUUUCAGUUCCUGGAGCAGAGGUAUGGGUUUUUCCACUGUAAAAAAUGCAACAUCCGGUGGGAGAGUGCUUAUGUGUGGUGCAUCUCUGGAACCAGUAAGGUGUACUACAAGCAGCUCUGCCGGAAGUGUCAGGUGGGGUUUAACCCCUACAGAGUGGAGGCCAUCCUCUGCAAGGGUUGCUCUCAGACGUGCUGCAGCUGUGAGAAGAAGCAGAGGCACAUCAACAUGAAGAGGCCUCACCGCCAGGACCUGUGCUGCCGCUGCAAAGGAAUGAGGCUGUCCUGCGACGCCACCUACAGCUUCAAAUACAUCGUGUGAGCCGGAUCUCCACCUCGGUCGGUUACCUGAGGUGGCUUCUGUAAAUGCUUUCCCACCAUUAGUGCUGUCGGUUAAUAUGGAAACUGUUUUUGUAAAAAAAAAUUAAAUAAAGUUUAUGAAUUAUU